CCGAAUGCAAACCGUGAUGUUUUCAUACCGACUGGGUGCCUUAUAUCAUAUAAAUAUCGCGUCCACAGUAUUUUACGCCUAAUAUUUUAUUAUGAAGGCUAAUAAGCGUGGUUUUCAUACAUUAAGGUGCCGUAAGUCUUCAAGGUGUUUUAUUAUGCGCCAUUUAGUUUAAUAGAACGUGUUUUACAGCUUAACUUGCAGUGACUUUUAUUUUCGUAUAACGUGUAAGUUACACCUAAGGUUUUAACUUGUUGUCUUCCUUAAAUAAAAACGAGGAGGGGCUAAAACAAACAUGUCAGUGACGGGUGAGUUGUACAAUGUUAAAUCCAGCGACUGUUUUCUUAAUCACUCCACUAAUCUAAACGAAAGGACACUGACACCAGAAGAGAUGGAGAAACUCAAGACCGACACAGCCGUAGUGUCAGACUUCAAGCAGAAGAAACUCGAAACAGAUGCUCAGAAAAAUUGGGACUUGUUUUAUAAAAGGAAUACAACUAACUUUUUCAAAGACAGGCACUGGACUACCAGAGAGUUUGAUGAAUUAAAAAACUGCAGACUGUCUGAUGGGCAGACAUUUAAGUUGUUGGAAGCUGGUUGUGGAGUUGGAAACUGCAUUUUUCCACUUUUGGAAGAGGAUCUUAACAUCUUCAUAUAUGCCUGUGACUUCUCUUCACGUGCUGUUGAGUUUGUGAAGCAAAAUUCUUUGUAUUCCCCAAAGCGAUGCCUUGCUUUUCAAUGUGACCUGACUAAGGAUGAUCUGCAGACCACCAUACAAGCAGAGACGGUGGAUGUGGCUACUUUAAUAUUCGUCUUGUCUGCAAUUCACCCUGACAAGAUGCGCCAAUCCAUAGAAAAUAUUUUUAGGGUAUUAAAACCAGGAGGUGUAGUCCUCUUCCGGGACUAUGGACUGUAUGAUCAUGCAAUGCUGAGGUUCAAGUCUGGCAAUAAACUGGGUGAGAAUUUCUAUGUGAGGCAGGAUGGGACUCGUUCCUUUUUCUUCUCUAGAGAGCACCUGGGCAGUUUAUUCCAGCAGGCAGGAUUUGAGGCAUCUAUGAAUGAGUAUGUGCUGAGGGAAACGGUGAAUAAAAAAGAGGGACUUUGUGUUCCCCGAGUGUUCCUGCAGAGUAAAUUUUGUAAACCUGUGCCUUCAGAAUCUAUAAGACAAUAAAAAGUCUUUAUAUA